GCGUUCGUUCUUUGUGCGCGGCCCCAAACGUGACGUCAUUUGCUAGCGACUGGAUGGGGUUUGUGUACAGACAGUCGCUUAUGUACCCGGAAGAUACUUACGUAAAGAGAAGUAUUGCGCGCAAAGAUUCAACGGACAAGAGGCAAAAAGGCAAAACGUAUGGUGGCUUCUGUUUGUAUUUCCAUCAUGUAGCAGUGAUGCAGCUGAGAGAGGAGUGCAUGGUGCUGUUACAAGUGAAAAAUAAACCCCUGACAGCAAAGAAUAUCUGUUAUGGCUUGAGUUUCUUCUGAGUAGACACAAUGGUGCGGGAACGAAAAUGCAUCUUGUGCCACAUAGUUUACAGUUCCAAAAAGGAAAUGGACGAGCACAUGCGGAGCAUGUUGCAUCACCGGGAGCUGGAGAACAUAAGGGGCAGAGACUGCAACCAUGAGUGCCGUGUCUGCCAGGUAACAGUGGUGGGCCUUUCAACAUAUGCCAAGCACAUAUCUAGCCAGCUACACAAGGAUAAUGUUGAUGCCCAAGACAAGGAGGAAGAAAAGGAGGAGGCUGAAGAAGAAUAUUUUGACAAGGAACUUAUCCAGUUAAUAAACCAAAGGAAAGAGCAAUGCAAACAAGAAGAAGUUUCCUGCUUAUCUAAAGGACAGAAACCUGAUGGCAAACAACAAAGACAAGAUAACCGAGUCUCAUUUAAUGAUCUGGGUGCCCAAGCAUGGCAUCACUGUGAGCAGUCAGGGAGAGGCUGGCAGUGGCAAAAUGAAUGCUUUGCCAAUAAUAGGCAAGGCAAUUUCUUGCAUCCUGCCUUGAGUGUUAAUCCUAAUAUGCAUCUUGGUGGUCCUAGAGGACAAGCAGGUUGGAAUAUGAAGGGCCCAUUGAAUCGCCAUAUGAUACAUAGUCAGAAUGGUAGCUCUUGGCACUCAAAUUCAGGGAGAGCAGCUAAAUGGCACCAUCGAGGGACAGGAGGAAACUUUCACUGGUACCCAGAAGGGAAUGGGAAAUUUCCUAACCAGCAUCCUAGAAACUGUGGUGGAAACUGGCCAAAUAAUCACUAUAGUAGCAAGAACUGGAACUUUGGGAGUGCUACCGAACCAUUUUCACAUGGGAGGAAUAGGCCUUUAGAAAACUGUGAUUCCACUAAAGAUAAAGAUUUAGGGUGGAAUAAUAACUGCACAUCCAACAUGUUUAAAUUAGGAAGAUUCCUCUGGAAACAAAAAGAUAACAAAAAUGGAGCUCCUAAUCCAGCUUUUCAACCUCCUCACAAUGCAAAUAAAGUGUCUUCAGAAGAUGGCAGUGAUUUCACCAGCGAUACAGUUCCUGAUAACAAUCUUUUUGGGUUUACAGUAUCUGAUAAAUCUUCUAAAUCAAAGCCCUUACUUAGUUCUUUGAGGAAUAAUAGUGUUUGUAAAGACAAACCAUUAAGAUGGACUCCAUAUCCAUCACAAAAGGGCACAGAGACUUUUCAGCCAUUACCAAAAGGUUUAGACACUAAUUUGCCAUUUCAGUUUUCAGAGAUGAGUAACACAGAUGCAGAUACAGACAAAGCAGAGAACUUUUCAAACCCUCAAACAGAGGAAGAUCAAAAUGAGCCAGAUACUUAUUUUGAUGGAUGUGAUAGCAAGAAGGCUGACCAGGCUGAUCUAAAACGUGUUAGAAUGCUUUCUCUAAAAUCACCACGCUCUGUUCCUGAUUUUAAAUUUAGUUUUAAGAAAGAUGGAAAAAAUCCUUUGAAAGUUGCAAAACAUCUUUUUCCUAUGACUUUUGAAGAGCGACAGAGCAGGCUGAGCGCACUAAAUUUAGAAACCAGACCCACUUUCAAACUGCAUAGCAGUUCUAAGGACAUAAAAAAACAUAAACAGACUCAAGACUGCAGCCAAAAAGAGCCAGUUGAAACACUUGCUGAAGUUUUGCAGAAAGCUAAAGAAAUACUGCAAAAUAGUCAGGCAGUUCAAAGUAGUCAUUACUGUCCUGCUCCCAGGGAUGGUUUAAUAAAUCAAAGCAUAACCGCUAAUGUAUUAAAUAAUCCCCAGAAAACCAUCAAUGUUUCUAAGGAUACAUUUGGAAAUGUUGGUCAUACCCAGAAUUCCUCAGAUAAAGGUAAAAUAUUAGACGAUGAAUAUCCACGUGAUUGUGUUCUGGAUUAUGAUGCCAAAAGUGAAAAAACUGAAGACGCUUUAGAAAAAUUAGCAAAAUCCUUGGACUUGUGCACCAAUUCAGAUCCUGAUACGUCUUCUGUUGAACCAAAUAUUGAUAGCUUUAGGCCACAUUUCAAAACUGAGCUAUGCACUGAGGAAGAAAACCAAGACACCGACGUUAAUCAUCAAUGUCAAGAUAUUAAUGAUGCUGAAACUUUUGAAACUAUUUCUGACCUUGAACUACAGAAAGGUGCUAGCAAUUCAUCAGGUCCACGAUUACCUGAGUUAAGCAAGCUUGGACUUCCUGCUUCAUUCCAGAGAGAUCUUACUAGACAUAUUGGUUCCCGAAACAAAACAGGAUCCCAUCUUCCUGAGCCCAAUCUUAAUAAUGCUCGUCGGAUCAGAAAUGUGAGUGGUCACCGAAAAAAUGAGACAGACAAAGAUUCGGGACUUAAACCAACUCUAAGACAAAUUCUGAAUGCAUCAAGGAGGAAUAUAAAUUGGGAACAGAUAAUGCAACAUAUAACAAAGAAAAGGCAGGAACUAGGCAAAGGUCUGCCAAGGUUUGGAAUCGAAAUGGUGGCACAUGUUCAAAGUGAACAAGAAGGUCUUGACUUUGAUGAGGAUACAGAGCUGAGUAUUGAAAACUUCCCUUGGGAGGGCAUCUGUGCAAGGAAGCGGAGCCUCUCAGAAAGCAGUGUAGCUGUAGACAAAGCCUCUGUUUAUGAUGUCUUUAAUGGCCAUGAAUCUGAAUUGUGUAGAGAACGAAGCAUUCCCUCAAUCCAAGGCACAUUGGAACAAUCGGGACCAAAUGCAAGUUCUGCAUUCAUGUUUCAACCUAAGAUAGAAGAAGAAGAUGAUAUUCCUAUAUCAUAUGCAGCUAAUUCUAAUGCUCUGUCCGACCUCUUAUUAGCUGAAACAUCUCAAAGUCAAAAUGUUGCAAUAACAGACAGUCCAUGCACGUUACAGAGCGCGAAUGAGGAUGUUCAUCAAAGUGCUGCAGAUGCUUCUGCUGUCAGCCCAAAUAUGGAUGCUGGUACUGAUAGCUGUACUUCUGGCACAGAACUGAAUGACGGUCAAGGAACUGGAAAGAAAAGAAGAGCAACCGGGGAUGCUUGCUGUCCCGAGAUUCCAAGUUUAGAAAGAAAAACUAAAAGAAGAAAAAUCAGAGGAAGAAAAGAACGCUCACAGGUGGAUCAACUUCUAAGCAUCUCUUUAAGAGAAGAAGAGCUUAAUAACUCGCUGCUGAAUGUGGAUACUGACCUUCAUCAAGCACGAGCUGCACUUCAGGCUGCUUAUUUGGAAGUUCAACGUCUACUGGUGCUAAAACAGCAGAUCACAUUAGAAAUGAGUAAAAUGAGAACACAGCGGAUUCACAUUCUGCAAGGACUACAGGGGUCAUAUGAACCAGCAAAUGACACUGCCAAAGAAUCCAGCCCAAGGCCACAGACACCAGUUGUGUCCCCUGGAAGUGUGUUUAAUUAUGUCGUGCAGACUCCUCCUUAUGUUGCUCCUUGUGUGGAAAGUAGCACAUUAGUACCUUCUCCAGUUCAGUCCAUCACACCGCCUUCUUUUGCUACACCUGAUUCAUCGGUUGUAAUUAAACAGGAGCCAAUGUCACCUGAAAGAGAAAUAAAAAGCACAAGCGCAGUAGCAGACUGUCCUGUGACAUCCCCUUUGUCCAGUGGUGAUGUUCUGCAGAAUGCAUCUGUGUAUCCUGUCAUUACAGCUACAAUAUCACUUUCUGAACAAGCAAAUAAUUUACCCAUGGUCAAAAAUGAAUUCUUUCAAAAGCCCAGAAUUUCUGAGACACCAUCUCCAUCAUUUGAAUUCUCACAAGUUAAUUGCAAACAAGAAAGAGAGAGUUCAGACCAUACAACAGAGAAUCCUAGUCAGCUUCAAGCACUUUCUAUGCCAGCAUGUCCUCAAAAAACAAACAAUAAUUCAGCUGGUCCAGCAACAGGUCUUCUGGUUGAAUCAACCCUUUCUGUGAUGGAGACCAGGGCAGGGAAGAAAAAGAAAAAACUACGAAAAAAGAAAACCUUACGUGCUGCACAUGUUCCUGAUAAUAGUGACACAGAACAGGACAUCUACACUGGCAAGCCAGUGCGAAAAGUUAGGAGCAGAAGAUGUUCAAAGGAAACAGUAGUCAGCACCUCUACUUCUGUAGAACAAGAACCUGAUGCUACGUCUCAGGAAACUGAGCAAACAAAAGACAACAAUGAUAGUGAUUCCAAUGUUGAGCUGGUGGAAAUUCCACUUCGGCAGUUUGAGGUAGUGCCAAUCGAUUCGGACGACGAAAAGCCAGACAGUCCUUCUAAAAUGGACAUGGUAAUCUCAAGACAAGCCAAUUCAGAUGCAAAUGAAGUGACUUCCACAAGUGAAAUUGGGACCAACUUCAUGGAGGAGUCUUUGACAAGCUCAACUAAAUAUCGAAGACUAUCCUGCCAAGGAUCAAAAAAUUCCUCAGCAGAGGUAUCAUCUGAACCUGGGGAAGAUGAAGAACCGACAGAAGGCAAGUUUGAAGGACACACAGCCUCUGUAAAUACUGUCCAAAUACAUCAGGGACUGCUCUACACCUGCUCUGCUGACAAAACUGUUCGGGUUUAUAAUCUCACGACUCGACAGUGUGUGGCAGUCUUUGAAGGACACACAUCGAAGGUGAACUGCCUUGUUGUCACAUGUACAUAUAAGAAGAGUUUAGCAGUAUUUACAGGUUCCAGUGACCACACCAUCCGAUGCUAUUCUGUCAAGACUCGGGAAUUUCAGACAGCGUGGAACCUUGGUGAAAGAGUCCUAUGCUUUCAUGUACGAUGGAAAAUUCUUUUUGCUGGUCUUGCAAAUGGCAACGUAGUCACAUUUUCUCUAAAGAGUAAGAAGCAGACUGAUGUUUUUGAAUGCCAUGGUCCCCGGGCAGUGAGCUGCAUGGCAACAGCACAAGAGGGAUCUCGAAAAUUACUUCUUGUGGGAUCCUAUGACUGUACCAUAAGUGUUAGAGAUGCCUGUAAUGGAUUGCUACUUCGCACCUUAGAAGGCCACUCGAAAACUGUCCUUUGCAUGAAAGUUGUCAAUGAUCUCGUCUUCAGUGGAUCCAGUGAUCAGUCUGUACAUGCUCACAAUAUUCACACAGGAGAGCUUGUGCGCAUUUACAAAGGACAUAACCAUGCAGUGACAGUGGUUUACAUCUUGGGAAAAGUCAUGGUAACAGCCUGCUUAGAUAAAUUUGUCCGUGUUUAUGAUCUUCAGUCACACGAUCGUUUGCAAGUAUACGGAGGACACUCAGACAUGAUCAUGUGCAUGACAAUUCAUAAGAACAUGAUCUACACUGGUUGUUAUGAUGGUAGUGUCCAAGCUGUGCAUCUGAACCUGCUGCAGAGUUUUCGCUGCUGGUGGCAUGGAUGCUCUCUGACAUUUGGUGUUGUGGACCAUCUAAAGCAACAUCUGUUUACUGACCAUACCAACCCAAACUUCCAGACACUAAAAUGCAGAUGGAAAAACUGUGACUUCAUAGCCAGGAGAGGCUCCAAGCAGGACACUGUAGGACACAUUGAACAGCAUGCAGAGGAAUGCAACCAAAUAAACACAUAAACAAGCACAUUACCUCCCACAUUGGGAAGUCUUUGACAAGCAGCAGCAUAAAGAACAUCUGCAUAACAAGACUGUUCUGAAGCCUCAUGAACUAUCUGCUUCCCUAAAUGCAAGUUGCAGCACAAGACAGUAGUCAUAAAGGCUUGUUUUUUUUAUUAAUCGCUAAGUAAUCCAGUGUCUACUCUCUUGAUUGUUUUCUGAAGAAUUGUGCCAUAAUUCUAGCUAACAUCUUUUUUUAAGUUUUUUUUUUUUCAUGGGCACAGCAUGAAAGAAACAUAUCUGUUUACUGGUCAUGCUUCUCUUUCCAGUGAGAAGAUUGAAAAUAUUUUUUUAGAAUUCUCAUUUGGCAGUGAGUUUUUUUUUUAACCUUUUAUGUCCUUGUUACCAGAAAAAAAAAACUAUUAAACUAAUAAUUUAUACAACACAAAAUUUAUAGGUCAAUUUAUUUAGUAGAAGAUGAAAAUACAGACUGCAUUUUUUAUUUGUUUUUAAAAUUAAAACAAGGAGGUGGGGUGGAUCAAGUUAUUUAAGAAAAAUGCUGUAUUUUAACAGCAGUGUGUAAAGGAGGAAUUCACUAUGCAUUUACGACCAUAUGCCAUUGUUUUUCAUUUAAAUGACCUGCAUGAAUGUGAUCUGUAAUGAAUCACAUUCAAGAUAUAAACUUUGUUUGAUAUAACUUAAAAUUAACUCUUUGUGUGGCACUCUAGCAGGAUCUCAGUGUGGUAAGUUAGGCCAUAGAUUCUUCAGAUGGCACAGCUUUCAUUGUAUUUAAAUUCCAUCUCUGGUAUUAGAAUAUAAACUGUGCUUGGCAUUUAGACAGCUACUGUAAGCCAGUUUAAGUUACCUUAAUACUGUAAGCCAAUCAAUAUAUCUAUUGUUAUAUAGGCGAAGAUGCCAAUUUAAAGUGGACACUGGAUUAAUUUUAUUAUCAGUAUUGACAUUCAUUUAUCACUUCCUUCCCUACUUUUCUGCAUUAUUUUCAGUUCACUGGGUGCACAGAAUAAGUACAAGGUUUAUAAUAUUAUUUGGGAAGUUUGUGCUAGCCACUGCAGUUUGUGGGGGGUGGGGGGAGCAGCAGAAGUUCAGUGGGCUCAGUAUAUUCACUGUACCUAUCUAACUUUGUGAGAAAAGAUUUAGGUGAGUACCAACCUAUUCAUUCUUUGUCUUGGAGCAGUUUAUUAGCUCUGAGGCAGGUUUUCUGUGAAUGCCAUCGUUUUUAGAACAUGUAAGUCUGUUGAUGGAUAUCACUCAGAAGCUGAAGGUACUUCAUGUUCAGCAGAGACGUAAAGACACUGAUGUGCACUUCUAUUGAUGUCAGUUACAACUAGUUCUGAAAUAGUUUCAUUUCAUGUGUGUGUGUGGGAAUGUGUUUGUGUGUUUAAUCUAUAUACUGUGUUUUCUUAUUUUGUGAGACAAACAUUCAUAUUUAGAUAAA